AUGACCACCACGGUCGUGACAGCAACAUUGACAAGGACAGUGCGCCGUGAACCUCUGAAAGUAAUUGAUAUGGCGGCGUCGCAGGGGCGACCUGCGUCGUCGUCGUCAGCACGUGUAAAUGGCGAGAAGGGAAGAGGGACACGAGCCAGCUCGCGCUUGAAUGCAAAGGAUGAUGGCCAUGAUGAAAGUGCUGCUGCUCAGAAAUCAGCACAGGGGAGACCCACACGGAAUGCAUCAAAACGAAAUGCCGCUGAGUACGAUGAAGACAUUGGUGGAUUUCAAUUUUCUCGAGCGACGAUCAAAAAAUUGAAAUCAGCACCGGCUGUGAAUGAAGAUACAAUAGAUAAGCCAGUCAUACACUCACCACGAAGAGGACGUCCGCCGAAAUCACAGACGUUCCAAUCGGUCGAAGAUGCGACAUUAGAGGUUGCUAGAGCCAGCACAAGGACUACCAAAGCCACAAGAGGCCGGCAGAAAAGAGUUUCUUUAGAAUCGGAAGUCGAAAUCCCGAAGCAGCAAACUCGAAAACGCGACGAUGAACCCCCAUUUCCGAUAGAAAAACCAGCAAAAACAGGCAGACCCCCCAAAAGAAAAUCCGUUGAUAUCAGUUUGCAGUCGCCUGAGCUUUCUCAAGGUGCUACCUCGACAAUCGCUUUACCUGUAGCAGAUACACCUGUCAUACGAAGGAAUAAAGAAAUGAGAGAAGGACGUGGCGGAAAGGGGCAAAGAAGAAACAGUUUGGGAAUGAGAGGGCGAAGAGCAAGUUCUCUGAUAGACUCAGGGGCAUCAAACGCACUACCUCACAAGGAGGUUCCAACCUCGGAAUUUUAUAAACACAUCGCAAGCGAUGGACUGCCGGAACCACGCCGGAUGAGACAGUUGAUGACGUGGUGUGCUACUCGUGCAUUGGACGAUAAACCCUCAGGUUCGCGGUCUGACGACGACAGCGCCAGACUAGCAGCCCGGGUCAUACAAGAAGAGUUACUGCAGGAUUUUUCGAACAAAUCCGAAUUGACCAAUUGGUUUGCCCGAGAAGAUGCACCAGCUCCUGCAGUCAUUGUCAAGAAACCGAAUCCGAAGAACGUACAGAAUGCAGAGAAGAUAAAAGAGUUAGAGGAGCAAAUACGAAAAUUACAAAAUGAGAGGCACGCGCUCAAUGCGCUGCUACGACCACCUCCAAUACCAGCACUUGAUUCACCUCCUAGGGAGCAGACAACGAAAGACAAUGCUGCUUCAAAAAACAUUUCAGUCAUAGAUGAAUCGAUACUAGAUCCUUCUCAACGAUCAAUAAUGACUGCUCUUGCACCCGAAGGUCUUCGAAUACACCGUGAAGGAGGAUCAAGUGAGGAGAAAUUACUUCCUACAUCAACGACCACUCCACCUUUACCACCUGCCGCUGUUUCUCGCCGACUAUCACGUAUCACUUCAUCUCUGGCUCCGACAUUAGAUGCCUUCGCUUCAGGGUUGCAUGACAUCGACAUUUACCGCUCCACAGCUGAUCGUCUUUCCCAUCAGGUGCUGAAAUUCUGCUCCGAACGCCUCGAAGAGCGUGAUAAUCAAAUUGCAAGUAGGAAUGGAAUACUCGAGAGCGAUACUCAGGGCAAGGAGAACGCAUAUAAGGAUGAUGAUAGCAAAGGUAGUCGGAAAAUGGCGCUGCGGACACGUCAAGCUAGACAGCAAAAGGAGGAUAUCAGUUUAAUACUAGGGGCUCUAAGUCGUGUGGAAAGGAGAUGAGAAUGGGACCUAAGUUGAAUAUAAGUCGGGAGUUAUUGUCGGACCAUUUAUUUCUCUUUUUCAUCAGGUCAAUAUGAUACCAGGUUACCAGGCGCAUUACGUUGCACGUCCUUGUCUCAUUGCAAAGGCCUUUUUCAUUCUUAUAUUGUCUAUCAUUAUCCUUCUAUCGGUUCUAGGGUUGGGCGUGCGGUAUUUGUUCUUCCAUUGUUGGGAUCGGAGUCGGUGAUAUUGCAACGGUUAUGUGGAAUGUAGUAAAGCGAUGAUGAUGUCUUUUCGAACUCUUUUGUUUUCUAUCGCAGUAUUAGCAUAUCAGCAUUUUUGGAUAUUGAAUCUGAGUGCAGGCGA